AUGUUUCGACAAAUUUGGGUGAAGCCAGAGCAACGAAGACUUCAAUGUAUUCUAUGGAGAAAUGAUGAAACACAACUGUUGGAAACCUUUCAACUCAACACUAUGACGUUCGGAGUUGCUUCAUCACCUUAUCUGGCCACUCGAUGUUUGAGACAGUUGGCGGAGGAUUUUGAAUUGUCACACCCUCGGGCAUCACAAAUUAUCAGAGACGAUUUCUAUGUCGACGACUUACAAACUGGCGGACAAACGGAGGAAGAAGUCAUACAAAUCAAGGAUGAAGUUACAGCAAUUCUGCAGUCAGCUGGUCUCGAUUUGCAGAAGAUCUACUCCAAUGUGGAAGGUUUGAGUCAUAACAACGCUGAUCAUGAGAUUACGGAAAUAAAAACGCUGGGACUUUGUUGGCAACCUGGAGAUGAUCGAUUGAGAUAUCAUACGUCAUAUCAACUGGAUUCUAAAAUCAUCACCAAGAGAAUCAUACUAUCGAUUAUUUCUCAAGUCUACGAUCCGCUGGGUCUGAUUGGUCCGUUUACAGUUCGAUCAAAACUACUCCUGCAAUUCUUGUGGAAGCUGAAGGUGGAUUGGGAUAUUCCAAUUCCAGACGAUCUAAAGGAAAAAUGGCUUUCUCACUGUGAGCAGCUAAACGAGAUAAAUAACAUCGAUAUUCCUCGACACGUUCUCGUCGAGUCACCACAAACAAUUCAGAUUCAUAGGUUCAGUGACGCAUCAGAGGUCGCAUAUGGUGCAUGUUUGUAUAUGCGUUCGAUCAACUUGGAUGGAUCGGUACUGGUGAGACUCAUCUGCGCUCGUUCAAGAGUAGCACCACUGAAGUCUACGAGUUUGCCGAGACUUGAACUCUGCGGAGCUCUUUUGCUGUCCACAAUAUUCGCAAAGGUCACAGAAGCAUUGACCGUCAACAUUGAUGAAUGCUUCUUUUGGAGCGACUCCACAAUCGCACUUGCUUGGAUCAAGGGUGAUUCAAGCAGAUGGCAGACCUUCGUGGGCAAUCGUGUUGCUGAAAUUCAGCGACUCACACCUGACGACAAAUGGAAUCACGUACCAACUGAUCAGAAUCCCGCUGAUUUGAUAUCUCGAGGAAUGGACGCCCAAGACUUGUCAACUUCAAGUCUUUGGUGGAAUGGGCCAAGCUGGCUCCAGAAAAAUGAGGAUUCAUGGCCACAAUUAACAUUCAAAUUUCAGAUGUUCCUGAGCAAAAAAAUUGAUGAAGACGUUUGCAGUGCUGGAAACGAAAGAUUUCUCAAUCUUGAGAAAAUUCUCAUCCUGGAACAAAUUGUGCAGAGUGAUUGCAUACUGUCUGAUAUUUAA